GAUAUUCAUUAGUUUCAUACCUAUAGCUAUAGCCAGGCCUCCCUUCUUUUAAAAAUUAAAACAACACUACUACACCAAAUUAAAUCCAUACCUCCCAUUCCAAAAAUACAACAACAAUGAAACCACUACUCCUAAAAAUGGUCUUCCAAAUGUUGCACUUUCACAUGAUCAUCAUCUUGUUCCAAAUUUCAUCAUCUCAACCCCUUACAAACACCACUGGCUAUGCAUGCAACCAGCUUAACCAAACCUCACCCUCUUGCCAAGCUUAUGCCUUUUACACAUCCAUGGGUCCAAACUAUCUUGACUUAGCCUCCAUAAGUGAUCUUUUCUCCGUAAGUCGUCCAAUGAUCGCGAAACCGAGCAACUUAACCUCUCUAACUUCACCUCUUUCCCCUAACCAAUCCUUAUUUAUUCCACUAACUUGUACUUGUAACUCAGUUAAUACAACUACAAACCUCUCUUAUGCUAAACUUAACUACACAAUCAAGAAAGGUGACACCUUUUAUCUUGUAUCAACAGAACUUUAUCAUAACCUUACAACUUACCAAUCUGUACAAAUUGUUAAUCCAACUCUUGUCCCUAUAAACCUCACUAUAGGCCAAGAUGUAAUCUUUCCAAUCUUUUGCAAAUGCCCAACAAAAACCCAACUCCAAAAUCAACUCAAUUAUCUCAUUUCAUAUGUUUUUCAACCAUUUGAUACUAUAGAAUCAAUUGCUUCAAGAUUUGGUUCAACCAUAAAGUCCAUACUAGAAGCAAAUGGUAAUAGUGUUUUUAACACUUGGGACACCGUUUUCGUGCCAGUUUCGCGGCUUCCUGAACUCACACAGCCUACCCCUGUUAAUAAUGUUUCACUUGGUCAUACAAAAGAAAGAAAAAAAGAAGUUAUUGGAUUGGGAAUUGGGCUUGGGGUUUGUGGACUACUUUUGCUGAUUUUGGUAUGUUGUUGGGCUUAUAAAGAGUCUUUAUGGAAGAAAAACAAAGUUAAGAAUGAUGAUGUGGAAAACAAGCAGAAAAAAGAUGUGGGAGUUAGUCUUAUGGCUGAUGUUUCAGACUGUUUGGAUAAGUAUAAAGUUUAUAGUAUUCAAGAGCUGAAUGAAGCAACAGAUGGUUUUGAUGAAAGAUGGGUGAUCCAAGGUUCUGUUUUUAAGGGUUAUCUUAAUGGAAAACACUAUGCAAUCAAAAAGAUGAAAUGGAAUGCUUGUGAAGAACUCAAGAUCUUGCAAAAGGUAAACCAUGGCAAUUUGGUGAUGUUGGAAGGAUUUUGUAUAGAUUCAAGUGAUGCAAAUUGUUAUCUUGUUUAUGAGUAUCUUGAAAAUGGAUCUCUUUAUACAAGGUUGCAUGAGAGCAAUAUAGAGAGGCUAAGUUGGAGAACACGACUAAGAAUCGCAGUUGAUGUGGCCAACGGUCUUCAGUACAUCCAUGAACACACUAGGCCACGCGUCGUGCACAAGGAUGUCAAGAGUAGUAACAUUCUCUUGGAUACGCACAUGAGAGCCAAGAUUGCUAAUUUCGGGCUAGCAAAAUCUGGAUGCAAUGCUAUAACAAUGCAUAUUGUCGGAACUCAAGGAUAUAUCGCUCCAGAGUACUUAGCUGAUGGAGUGGUAUCUACUAAAAUGGAUGUUUUCUCUUUCGGGGUUGUUUUGCUAGAACUCAUUUCUGGAAGGGAGGCUGUUGAUAAAGAUGGGAAAGUUUUGUGGAUAGAAGCUUAUGAGAAGUUUAAUGGGGAUGAAGAGAAACAUUACAAACAUAAGUUAAAAGGGUUUAUUGAUGAUUUUCUUCUAAGGGAGUCAUGCUCAAUUGACAAUGUGAUGAACAUUAUGUCAAUUGCAAUAGCUUGCUUACACAAGGAUCCUUCAAGAAGACCUAGUAUGGUGGACAUUGUUUACGCGUUGUGUAAGAGUGAUGAUUUGUUUACUGAUCUCUCAGAGGAAGGCUUUUCACCACGUCAAGUUAUCGCAAGAUAGGUUUGUUUUGGUAUUUUUUCGAGUUUUAUAACUUUUAUACAUCAUACAUUAUGCCAUUACGACGUCUAUGUUAUCUACUGGUUGUACCACUAUGUGACGGGGAAACAUCCUAUUGGUGCUGACUGGCUUAGACUAGACCCGCCAAAGGAUUGCUAAAGCAGCGGUGGAGAUGAAGCACAAUGUGGUGGAUUUCAGGAAUCCGAACGUCAAGAAAGGGUCGCAACAGUUAGCUGUGUUCAACUGACCGCAACAGUGAAUUGGGUGUGUUUUUUUCUUUUUCUUUUGUGGGUAAUAUCAAAACAUAGCCAUGUGAUUUCAGUUUAUCCUGUCUUAUGAGUACUAUGUAUGGGAGCUUUCAUCACACUGCAAGUGUUCAUCACAUUCGCUGGUUAC